AUGGCGGCCCUGCCCGGCACCGUGCCCAGGAUGAUGAGACCGGCUCCGGGUCAGAACUACCCCCGGACCGGGUUUCCCCUGGAAGUGUCUACCCCGCUCGGACAAGGCCGGGUAAACCAGCUUGGAGGGGUCUUCAUCAACGGACGACCUCUGCCCAACCACAUUCGCCACAAAAUCGUGGAGAUGGCCCACCAUGGCAUCCGGCCCUGUGUCAUCUCCCGCCAGCUGCGCGUCUCUCAUGGCUGUGUCUCCAAGAUUCUCUGCCGCUACCAGGAGACAGGGUCCAUCCGACCUGGAGCCAUCGGAGGCAGCAAGCCCAGACAGGUGGCCACUCCGGAUGUGGAGAAAAAGAUCGAGGAGUACAAGCGAGAGAACCCAGGCAUGUUCAGCUGGGAGAUCCGGGACAGGCUGCUGAAAGACGGCCACUGCGACCGCAGCACGGUGCCCUCAGGUUUAGUGAGUUCGAUUAGCCGCGUGCUCAGAAUCAAGUUCGGGAAGAAAGAGGAGGACGACGAAGGGGACAAGAAGGAGGACGACGGCGAAAAGAAGGCCAAACACAGCAUCGACGGCAUCCUGGGCGACAAAGGGAACCGGCUGGAUGAGGGCUCGGACGUGGAGUCAGAGCCGGACCUCCCGCUGAAGCGGAAGCAGCGCCGCAGCCGGACGACCUUCACAGCGGAGCAGCUGGAGGAGCUGGAGAAGGCCUUCGAGAGGACCCACUACCCAGACAUCUACACCCGCGAGGAGCUGGCACAGAGGACCAAGCUGACUGAGGCCCGAGUGCAGGUCUGGUUCAGUAACCGCCGUGCCCGCUGGCGGAAACAGGCAGGAGCCAACCAGCUGGCAGCAUUCAACCACCUUCUGCCCGGAGGCUUCCCACCCACUGGCAUGCCUGCGCUGCCCCCUUACCAGCUGCCGGACUCCACCUAUCCCACCACCACCAUCUCCCAAGACGGGGGCAGCACCGUGCACCGUCCCCAGCCCCUCCCACCGUCCACCAUGCACCAGGGUGGGCUGGCCGCGGCCGCUGCAGCCGCAGACACCAGCUCGGCCUACGGAGCCCGCCAUGGCUUCUCCAGCUACUCCGACAGCUUUAUGAACCCGGCGGCGCCCUCCAACCACAUGAAUCCUGUCAGCAACGGCCUGUCUCCUCAGGUGAUGAGCAUUCUGAGCAACCCCAGUGCGGUGCCCCCGCAGCCGCAAGCCGACUUCUCCAUCUCCCCACUGCACGGUGGCCUGGACUCGGCCUCCUCCAUCUCCGCGAGCUGCAGCCAGCGGGCUGACUCCAUCAAGCCAGGAGACAGCCUGCCCACCUCCCAGUCCUACUGCCCGCCCACCUACAGCACCACCGGCUACAGCGUGGACCCCGUGGCUGGCUACCAGUAUGGCCAGUAUGGCCAGACUGCUGUUGAUUACCUGGCCAAGAACGUGAGCCUCUCCACACAGCGCCGCAUGAAGCUUGGGGAGCAUUCUGCCGUUCUGGGACUCUUGCCUGUGGAAACUGGCCAGGCCUACUAG